GUUUUAUACAUAUGCAUGGUGUGUGAGUGUGGUGGAUUCAUAAGAAGGGGAAGAAAUAUAUGGCUGAAACUGCAGUGUCCCUUCUAUUCGACCAUUUGGUGAAGUUACUGAGUGAGGAAACAACAAUCUUAAAAAAUGUGCACAAGGAGGUUGAGGGCAUCAAGGAUCAGCUAAGCCUAAUAAACUCUUACAUAAGGGAUGCAGAAAAGAAGCAGCAGAAACAUGAUGUCAAAGAAUGGUUGAAUCGAUUGAGGAAAGUGGCGUUUCGCAUGGAGGAUGUGGUUGAUCACUAUUUGCUCAAAGUGGCAGAGCGUGGUCAAAGAGAUGGGGCUUUUGGUGUAGUUACUGAAGUCAAGGAGAAGUUCAAAACUGUAACACAUCGUCAUGAUAUUGCAUCUGAGAUUAAACAUGUAAGAGAAACUCUAGAUAAUCUCUGCAGUCUCAGAAAAGGCUUGGGACUCCAACUAUCUGCUAGUGCUCCUAAUCAUGCAACUCUAAGGUUAGAUGCUUAUUUUGUCGAGGAAUCUCAACUUGUUGGUAUUGAUCGUAAGAAGCGAGAGCUCACAAAUUGGCUAACAGAAAAGGAGGGUCCAGUGAAGGUGGUGGUUGGCCCAGGAGGGAUAGGUAAAACGGCAAUUGUGAAGAAUGUGUACAACAUGCAAGAGCAGGUAAGCCUUCAGAAGAAGGGAACAAGCUAUUUCGAGUUUUGUGCAUGGAUAACCAUGUCUGGGCCUCAAGUUGAUGAUCAUAAUAUGCUGAUAAUAAGGCAGAUUAUAGAAAAUAUACUCGAGAAGGACCCCGGUGCAUCAGCUACAUUGCAGAAGGAAACAACAGCUAUACACUCUCUUAUAAGAAAAGUAAGAGAAUACUUAAAAGAUAAGAGGUACCUCAUUGUGUUUGAUGAUGUGCAUAGUUCAAAAUUUUGGAAUGUUAUCAAGCAUGCCCUAACUCCAAACAGAAGCAAAAGCAGUAAGGUUAUUAUCACUACACGAGAUGAAAAUGUUGCAAAAUUUAUUGGAAGUGAUGAUGUAUAUAAAGUAGAACCUCUGUCUCAAAGUGAUGCUUUGAAGCUCUUUUGUCACAAGGUAUUUCAAUCUGAGAAAGUAGAAAACCCUGAAUUGAAUGCUUUGUCCCAAGAGUUUGUGGAGAAAAGUGAUGGGGUGCCAGUGGCUAUUGUGACUUUUGCUGGUCUCCUAGCAACAACGAGUAAAACUACCACUAAAUGGAGAAUGGUACUCAACAAACUCGACUCACUAUUACAAAGAAACUCUCUUUUUGACAGUAUGAAAGAAGUGAUGUUAGAAAGUUACCAUGAUCUUCCUUCCCACCUCAAGAGGUGUUUCUUGUACUUUGGCAUUUUCCCUGAGGGCUACUCCAUUAGUUGCAUGAGACUCGUUCGUUUGUGGGUAGCUGAGGGUUUUGUAGAGAAAAGAGAUGAUACAUCAAUGGAGGAAUUGGCAAAAGAAUACUUAACUGAGCUUAUCCGUAGAUGCUUGGUUCAUCUUUCAAGGGUCGAUUUUGAUGGAAGACCCAAAAGUUGUCACGUGUAUGACCUCAUGCAUAAGUUAAUAGCCAGGAUUUGUGAGGAGCAAAUGUUUUGUCAAGUAAUGAAAGAUAAAACCGCACCAUCAUCAUCUAACUCCAACUUGGAUUCAUCACUUCCUAGACGCUUAUCAAUAAUAAAAAGCUGGGAUGCUGCUGCCAUGAAAAGAGCUGAAAAGUGGGAGAAGGUUCGGUCUUGUUUUGUUUUUGAUGAUGCCAAGAAGUGGCUGGUGACAAAAGAAUUAUUCUCAAGUUUUGAGCUUUUGAGUCAAUUAGACUUGUCUAAUGCACGCCUUGAUAAUCUUCCUAAAAAAGUUGGGAAUCUAUUCAACUUGAAAUACUUGAGCCUGAGGAACACCAACAUCAAGUCAAUUCCAGAAUCCAUUGGCAACCUAGAGAGGUUGCAAACUCUAGACCUAAAGCGAACUCAAGUGGAUGUACUACCAAAGAAGAUUAAGAACCUUGUCAAGUUGCGUCAUCUCCUUGCUUAUUUUAUAUAUAAUCAAAAUUCCGGUUUGGACCGCUUACAAGGAGUGAAGGUAAAUGAAGGGCUUAAAAAUCUAACAUCAUUGCAGAAACUUUCUUUUUUGGAUGCAACUGAUGGUAGCGUAAUAGAGGAACUGAAACAACUAGAGAAAUUAAGGAAGCUGGGGAUUAUAAAGCUAAGAGAAGAAUAUGGUGAAGAAUUAUGCAAGGUUAUUGAGAAAAUGGAUCAUCUAUGUUCCUUAAGCAUUGGGGCUAUGGGAAAUGAUGAUGGCAAUCAUGGCAUGCUUCAGUUGAAAUCUAUAAGGAAUCCUCCAUCGUCCCUUCAACGCCUUUACCUAUAUGGGCGUUUAGAAAGGCUUCCAAGUUGGAUAUCAAAAGUUCCAAAUCUUAUCAGAUUAUGCUUGAGGUGGUCUAUUCUAAAGGAAGAUCCAUUGCCUUACCUUAAAGACUUGUCAGAAUUGUCGUACCUUGAGUUCUAUGAUGCUUAUGGUGGUGAUGAGUUGCAUUUCAAGAAUGGAUGGUUGAAGAGACUAAAGGUUUUGUGCCUUGAGUCCUUGCCAAAGUUGAAGACCAUAAAGAUUGAUGAAGGAGCAAUUCCUCUUCUUGCAGAGUUGAAGAUAGGGAAAUGCCAUGAAAUGGUGAAGGUUCCCAGAGAUAUACAGAACUUGACAAGUCUUCAAAAGCUUUAUCUCUAUGAUAUGCAUGAACAAUAUAUUAAUCGAAUGGUUGAUACUCAAAGUGAAGACUACAAGAUUAUUAACAAAAUACCUCUUGUGGAAUACUCCAAAGAUGACCAUUUUUCAUUAUACUGAUCUUGAAAGAUGAACUUAGUUGUAACCGGUGGGAAUAAUGACUUGACCUUUCAAUCUAGAAAAAAAAUGGGGAUACUUUCUCUGCAAAAGUGGUAGCUGGAAAAUUUCUCUAAAGGUUCUUUAUGUGCUUGCGAGGGGCAUGCAUGUCCUCUUGAGCCUAAACCAAAUCCGCAUGUGUUGUCAAUUUGCCAUGUUUUAUUUCAUUAGUUCGAAUAAUGUAUUGAUCCGGUCAUUCUUUUUUUUAGGCUCUAAAGAAUGACUCAUUUUCAAGCUCUUAAUUUGUUACACACUUUGACAUUUACUUAUUGAACUAGAACUUGCAUGAUAUGUGUGCUGCAUGGCUGAAUUUUGGAGGAGAAUAUUCUUUUGUAUAAAUAAAAACUAAAAAGUAUAUUGAUAUCUUUA